AUUUUAGGUUGGACCAGCACCGAACAAUAGACGAAUAUGGGAGAAAGCCAACCUUACCGUACUAGUACCACCAGAGAAAGUGGAAAUACAACAUCGUUCAAACGCUAGUAUCCUAGAGGUACGAGAGGCGGAGCGUGUUCCGCUGACUUGUUUCGCACGAAUGAGCAAGCCUCAAUCGCAGUUGAAAUGGUAUAAAAACGGAAAUGAAUUGAAAGAUAACGUGAUGGUGAAGACUAGAGAGUUCCAAAAUGGCCUCAUCACAGUUUCUAGUACAACAACGCUCUAUCCAAAACUAGAUGACAAUAAUGUCACCUAUACGUGCAAGGCUACUCAUGCUGGAUUAAAACGUCCCAAGUUUUCAUCUGUAACAGUUAUAGUGCUUUACCCUCCUGAACCACCGAAAAUCGAAGGUUACCAAGAAGACGAUAUCGUUCAAGUGGGUGAUACAUUAACGCUGGCUUGCAUUUCUCGAGGGGGGAAUCCCCCAUCCAAAUUACUCUGGUUCCGAAAUGAAGCUCAAGUUGACUCAAGCUUCUCCGUGUCUGGCAGAGAAACGACCAAUCCAUACACGUUUCACGUCGACGCAUCAGACAACAACGCCGAGUAUCGCUGCGAGGCAUCAAACACUGUCACAUUAAAGCCAAUGGCCGCCACUGUCAGAUUAAAAGUCUACUUUCCACCUACACAAGUGACAAUAAAAGGGCCUACAGAAGGUAAAAGAGGUGACAACGUUACGCUCAACUGCAUAGCUGGACCAAGCAAUCCAGCUGCCAAGAUAUCUUGGGUUGUGGAUGGCAGACCUGUGCCUUCUGCCGGAUCUUAUACAGAAAGUUUGGAAGGAGGCUGGAUUACCACGUCCAGGAUAACCAUUGGUUUAACGUGGCAGGAUCCCAAAGAGAUAUCGUUCUCCUGUUUUGCACUAAAUGAAGCUUUAGCAGACAGCGUUUCUCAAACGUCUUCUCUGAGCAUAAUUUAUCCGCCAGGUCCGCCAUCAAUACAAGACUUUCAGGACAAACCAAUCAGAGCUGGAGACUUCCAGAGGCUCACCUGUGUAUCUUUGGGAGGAAAUCCCUUAGCAAUCCUUCGAUGGUUUAAAGGAAAUACAGAGCUUAGUGGAACUCCUCAACCCUUACAAAAAGGGAUCUCUAGCACUCUGGUUAUCCGAGCAGAUGCAAGUGACAACGGUGCUGUGUAUCGAUGCGAAGCCUCGAACCCAGCAACCUUGAGACCUAUGGUUGCGUCUGUGACGCCGACGGUUCUGUUUCCACCUUCAUCCGUGAACAUUAAAACUGAGCCACGAAAUCCGAAAUCUGGUCAAGUAGUCCUUCUUACCUGUGAGUCAACCACCAGCAACCCUGAAGCCACUAUUCAAUGGUGGAGAAACGGUGAUCCGGUCACUGGCAGUCAUGAUGGAGUCGUUGAUGGCCUUUAUGGAGGAAAGGUAUCUCGAAGUCGGUUGCGCUUUAACGUCACUUCCGCUGACGACAGAUCUGAAUUUACUUGUCAAGCUACCAACCUCAAGCUUCAGCGAAGUGUUCACCAUAGUGUAACGCUACGAGUGCUCUAUAAACCAGAAUUCUUAGUUGCAGAAAUGGAAAAGUUUGACGCUGUGGAGGGUGAAUCAGGAUCGUUUAACGUCUCAGCAAUAGGAAAUCCACCAAUUAUUGACUAUACCUGGAUUCGAGACGGUGAACCUGUGUUAGACGUUUCGGACAGUCAUGUCUGGGAAACGAAACGAAUAACCACCCAUCGAGUAGUUUCAAGAGGUCCAGUCUUGGAAAUUGCUGAAGUGUCAAGGAACUUUGGUGGGCAAUAUGUAUGUGAGGCUUCCAAUUCUCAAGGCACCACCAGGAGAGUUGUCCUAAUCAACGUCUUGUACGAAGCAUCCGUGACGAGAGUAAAUCCUCCUACCUACGUGAGUGAGGGAGAUGAUGCCCAUUUCCAGUGUGAGGCUACAGGAAAUCCUUUGAGAGAAGACACCAUCCGCUGGAAUCGACCAGGAUUUGAAAGAAAGAGAAUGCAAGUCAUCUCCGAAAAGGGGCGUUCGUUUCUUACCGUUUUGAACGUUUCCAAGGAGGACGCCGGUGAAUUUGAAUGCGUGUCUUACAACGGUAUUGGCGAGGAAUCUACGGCUCGUGUUCUGCUUGUUGUCAAGUUUAAGCCUGUCAUUCAGAAGUCGCUAAUUAACUUACAAGUUGCCGGAGAAGAAGGAAAAGCUUCACGUCUCUCGUGUCAGGCACAGGCAGCUCCGAACGUUAGCUUCGCUUGGUCAAGAGAUGGUCGAUUCAUUCCAGAAGAAGAAGGCUUCGGCACAUUGAAGUUUUCUCAACAAGAUGUCAAUAUAGGAGGUGUUCUGUGGGAGAGUACGCUAUUUAUCAACGACAUCGAGCCAAGCGAAUUCGGAAUCUACGAAUGCAUGGCCAGAAAUGAAAUGGGAAAAACCGGUAUAAGAAUUCAAUUAAGAAAGAAAGGCCCGCCAGAUCCACCUAGCGGUCUUUCUGUGGUAAACGUCACUCACAACUCUGUUUCGUUGGCUUGGAGACCAGGAUUUGAUGGAGGCUUUCAGCAGCAAUUUAAGGUUCGAUUUAAAAAGAAAUCAUUCGAAGAAUUUACUUACAGCGAUUACUUACCAGCGAACGCUUCUGGAGCUAUCAUCAACGGGUUGGAUCCUGGAACAGGCUACAUUUUUGAAAUAAUGUCCCAAAACGUUGCUGGUCAAAGUGACUACAGCAGUGAUGUAGCAUACAUACAAACACGAGGUAUUUUUUUAGAUAAUCAUCGAGAAUUUUAUCACUGUUUAUAG